UUUGUCGCCCUCUAGUGGUAUUCUCCAGACAUGUCCUCCCUGAUUUUAUGAUUCUUUAUUUUAGUUUGGUAUAGUUUAUGCCGCGAGAGGGCGAUGUUAAUGUCAGGAGCCUCCUUCUAGUCGGGAACCAAAUGGGACAUUUUUUAAAAACGCUUCAUGGAUGUUAAAUCAAUUGGUCCGACUUCAGCUGUAAUUCGUUUAUGACGAAAAAUAAAUAUUGCCACAAGGCAAUACACCGGGAUCAUUCCAAGUAGGCCUAUACCGGGACAGUCCCAUGGACCUAUAAAGGACAGUACCAGUAUCUGGCAUUGCGUUGGAAUGUGACUUUGACCCCUCCCUCCAACCUGCUGCCCGGCUCAGUUCCAGAAAAGCUCUAACGCACCGAAGUCUCCGACGGACCAAGUCUCCUACAGCGCACUAGUUGAAUGGGGAAGCUAAACAGAUUGAACUCCAGAUAGUUAGGUAGUUGGUACCCGGAGUCACGUUGGAGUUCGGCUCGUUGGCCGAAGAAACAGAAAUGAAGAGAUUCAGAGGAGCGACCGCAAAGCUGUUCUCCUCCCGAAGAGCCGACAGUAAAUCCCAUCCUGAGAAUGUCCACAUCCCAUCACUCCCUCCCAGUGUUCCCAGCGACCAACCGCCCCCCCACCAAGCGGACAUGUAUGUGUGUGACGGCGUCAGCGCGUCGGCGGGGGAGCGGGAUGUGAUCCAGACCCACCACACCCACGCGGGCCCCCCCCCCGGGUUCCUCCAGGGGUCCGACGCUACGGUGGCCAGCACCUACUUCGACCAGAGGGUUCCUGUCCCAGAGGACCACGGCAGGAUGGGCUUCAGUCUCCGCAAGCUGUGGGCCUUCAGCGGGCCGGGCUUCCUGAUGAGCAUCGCCUACCUGGACCCCGGCAACAUCGAGUCGGACCUCCAGUCUGGGGCUAAAGCCGGCUUCAAGCUCCUAUGGGUGCUGAUGGGGGCCACCUUCAUCGGUCUGCUGCUGCAGAGACUCUCCUCUCGACUGGGCGUGGUCACAGGCAUGCACCUGGCCGAGGUCUGCCACCGCCAGUACCGUAAGGUUCCCCGUGUCGUGCUGUGGCUGAUGGUUGAGCUGGCCAUCAUCGGAUCGGACAUGCAGGAGGUCAUCGGGUGUGCCAUCGCCUUCCACCUGCUCUCCUCGGGCAGGAUCCCCUUGUGGGGCGGGGUCCUCAUCACCAUUUUGGACACCUUUGUCUUCCUCUUCCUGGAUAAGUAUGGUCUGAGGAAAUUGGAAGCCUUUUUCGGUCUGCUUAUAACAGUCAUGGCCAUAACCUUCGGAUAUGAGUACGUGACCGUGCGGCCGGACCAGGGCGAGCUGCUGAAGGGGAUGUUCUUGCCGUACUGUGAGGGCUGCGGGCCCGUCCAGCUGGAGCAGGCGGUGGGCAUCGUGGGGGCCGUCAUCAUGCCACACAACAUCUACCUCCACUCCGCCCUCGUUAAGUCCAGGGAGGUGGAUCGGUCCAGCAAGAAGGACGUUAAAGAGGCCAACAAGUACUUCUUCAUCGAGUCGUCCAUGGCGCUGUUCGUCUCCUUCCUGAUCAACGUGUUUGUGGUGGCGGUCUUUGCUGAGGCCUUUUACGGACGCACCAACGCAGAGGUGCACAAUGUCUGCAAUGCGACUGGAAGCCCCCACGCCCACCUCUUCCCGGUGGACAACCAGACCCUACAGGUGGACAUCUACAAAGGGGGUGUGGUGCUGGGCUGUUUCUUCGGCUCCGCAGCGCUCUACAUAUGGGCUGUGGGCAUCCUGGCAGCGGGCCAGAGCUCCACCAUGACUGGGACCUACUCUGGCCAGUUUGUCAUGGAGGGCUUCCUGGACCUGCGCUGGUCGCGUUUCGCCCGGGUCCUGCUGACCCGCUCCCUGGCCCUCACCCCCACCCUGCUGGUGGCCGUCUUCCAGGACGUCCAUCGCCUGACGGGAAUGAACGACUUCCUGAACGUCCUCCAGAGCAUACAGCUGCCCUUUGCCCUCAUCCCCAUCCUGACCUUCACCAGCAUGCCGGCGCUGAUGGGCGACUUCGCCAACGGACGGCUGCUGAAGGCCGGCGGCGGGAUCCUGAUUCUGGGCGUGUGCUGCAUCAACAUGUACCUGGUGGUGGUGUACGUCAGCGCGCUCAACAGCGCGUGGCUCUACGCCGUGGCCUCGCUCCUCUCCAUCACCUACCUGGCGUUCGUCGGCUACCUGACCUGGCUGUGUCUGAUUGCCCUGGGCAUGUCCGGUCUGUACCCCUGCUCCCAGGACAGGACCGACACCACCGUCCUCAUCGAGCAGCCAGGAGAGGCUGACUCCUGACAGUCCCGUCACCCUCACCCUACGCCUGUCAACGAGGGCCCCUUUCCUGGAAACACAGCCCUGGCAGAGGCCCGUCAGAGGUCACGUGAUACAGACCCUGAAGCCCAGCCAUACUUAAGGCUCCGCAGUGCAGGGGGACGACUCCACAGCCGGGGGCCAUGAGGGGAAGUGUGUUGUGGAUGAAGGGCGUGGGGCUGUAAAUAAACACCGGACAUGAUGGAGAACUAGGAACACAGAACCACGCCGCCAGCUCCAUGGACGGUUUGUCUACCGAUGUCCCCCGCCCCUAAACAUCUUCUGUCACGCUGCACGAAGUCAUGCAUCAGUGCAAAUCGAUUACUUUGCAUCAGAUCGGUCUUAUGGUCCACAGUUCAGUUUCUGUCAAACAUUGUUGUUAUAAUCUUGGGUAAGUGAACUCCAAUCACCCAUUUUUAUGAAUUUUUAUUUUAUGUAGACUAUCAUUGUACUGUAUGCCAUAAUAUUUAGUCGUCUUUUAUGUCUAGCAUAAAAAAUACAUACGUCCUACAUCAAAAUGUGUGUUAAUGUGGUCAUUUUUGUUUUAUGUCUAAUUCUGUUUAUGUGUUAAUGUAGGUAAUUCUGGUUUUCAUUUCUAAGAUGUGUUUUGUUGAUUAUUUAUAGCUGUGACCCCAAUGGUGUGAAAUAUUUUUUUUGAUGGAUUUGUUUGUACGCUAUAUUGAUGUUAGAAUACAGAAAGAUAUGGUAUUUAUCGUAACUCACGUAUGUGAUAGUUCACAAGUUGGAAGACAUGGAAUUGUAAAUAUUGUAAAAUAAAAGAGUGUGUCUAAUUGCAC